AUGGUCAAUCAAAGGAUCUACGUCGAAUCUACAUCUAGGAUGAAAACAACUCUACAACUUCGUUCUCAUUUUUAUUCUGGCCAGACACAUACCCCCCGAACAUUCUGUGUUCUCACUGCUGCCUGCCACUUUAAUGCAGAACAGGGUCGCUACCCUCUUGUGGACCUUCAUUUCGAGUCUCACCGAUUUCAGCCUCAUACCCAUGAUGUCGUUGUCAAUUUGAAAGUCCCGGGUAAACCAAAAACAUCGUUCCGUGUAUUUUUUAAACGAUCGAUGCGUCUACCUGUUGACCCUGUUCUCGGUGUCCAGGGGGACCUGGUCGUGAUGCGUACUGGCUCCAAAUAUGGCAACUCUGUUGUCAAUAUGCGUGGGCAGGGAGAUUACCGUCUUGCAGAUUAUAUUGUUAAACAGAUCGCACCGAUCUUGACAAAGUUUCAAGGGAAUAGUCCUCGGGGCUCUUGA